AUGAAUUGGGCUUCAAAAGCUCGGAGUGCGUUGACUCCGAGAAUUUGGUUCACUAAUAAAAGUGGAGAAGAUGAUGGAACACGAAGGAAUCGGAGUGUAAUCGUUCGGCCCAUGGAUGCAGAUACCAACACAUCAGAGGAAGGUUGCUGGCCUGAAUUGAAAGAGUUCUGCAGGGCACAUGCCGUCGAGUGUACAACAUUUGCUCUAUUCCUGCUAUUCGGAAUCUUCUGUAUCUUCAAUGCAUUUGGAUUUCUGGGAACCAACGAGCUGAAACUUCGUUAUGAUCAUUAUGAGCAACUGGUCCGAAAGCACUGUCAAUUUGUGGAAGAUCGAGAUUUGAAUGGAUCAGAAGGGAAAACUGAGCAUCCAAAUGCCACUUUGGUAUCCUUGUUGGCUGUUGUAAGGCAUGGAGAUCGGUAUGGAUUAGUGAUGGAUGGAGGAUGUCAAAUUGCAACCGAACAAGAGUCUAUGGAAUUUGAUAAAUAUUUGGCCACGAUAGAGAAACAGAAAAAUCUUUUCGCCAUUCCGGUAAAUCUUGCUGAUAAAAAACUAACACCGAGUAAAGACAAAUGCGCAGUCGGGAUGCUGACUCCUCGAGGAGCAAUCCAGGAGUUUAUGAUGGGACGAUUUCUGUUCAGCCAGUACAAAAACACGACUUUGUUCAAUACUACGGACACCCCAGUAAAUAUUACUGUAACAUUCUCUCAUUUACAAAGAACAUUUGAUUCUGGUGUGGCUCUUGCUAGCGGGCUUUUGGAUCAAAAUCAGACGACGAUAAGAACUCCAAUUGAAUUCCAGCAGGGAUCAGUUUAUUACGGAUGCACUGAUUCUGGAUGUGAAUGCGAUGAAAACAUCAUCAUGCUGCUAGAAAUGUCAAAAGCGGAAAGACAAGGAUUAUAUCGAUUGGAAGUUGAAGAGAAAACUCAACAAGUCGUACAGAAGUUGUUUGCUGAACUGAACUACAGUACUCCAAAUAUGGAUCCUCUAGAUAUAAUUGACAAUUUGGUUUCUCGGUUUGCAUGUCCACGAAAACCUCUCCCCUGUGAUGACAGAUAUUGUGCAUUAUAUUUAUUUUUUGGAGAUAUCUUCGAAUACUUCUCGAAACAAAGUGCAAAACUUUUCGAUUUGAAUAUUGGAGUGGAGAGACAAUAUCGUGUUUUGAGUGCUUAUCCAAUUCUUCGAUACGUUGGAUUAAUGGCUGAAACGAAUGUAAAACAAGUCAAACUGUUUUCUUCUCAUGAUACGAUUGUUGGAGCGAUUUUACGAAUUCUCACGGAUUCCGGAAAAUAUACAGAUUGGCAAGUGUUCGCAGCUCGGAUUGUUUUUGAAAUCUAUGAAACCGCUGAAAAAGUAAAGCUGCUUCGCGUUGUAUACGAUGGGCAGGACAUAACAUCGUUGGUGAAAUUCUGUAAAAGUCUGGAAUUCGGAUUGUGUCCAGUUUCGGAUCUGAAGCAAUUCUUGGCAGUUGGAAUAUUCGAGAUGGCCGGAUAUAAAACUUUUGAGCAAACUUGUAAAGAUCAUCGGAAAGAAUUCUAUUUCGUCUGA